AUGACAAUCGUUACAAGCAUGCUUCGUAUAUCGCAUAACGGUGUUCUUCUAAAGAUCCCGACGCCUCUGACGCUCCUGCACACAUUCUGCCCCGACACCGACAUACACGCCGCCAUCAAGGACAUGGCGCUCACCGAGCCGCAGGCACGCGUAGUCGUCCGCGGCUACUUCUCGGUCUGGGGAAUUCUGCCCGGAUCGCCUGCCAGGCGCCUUGCCUUGUUCACUGACCCUGGCGUCAAGCUGAUGGCCACGUUUGGCGGCCAGGGCGGCAUGGACAAUUACAUGGACGAGAUCAGUUGGCUGGUCGACGUCUAUCGCCCGCUUGUGUUUGAGUUUUUUGCAGCCAUGGCUGAGUUUUUGCGCAUCCGAGGCGAUGGACACGAGGAUCGCUGGGCUACCCUGCCGGAGCUGCCAUAUAUGCUGCAUGUACCGGUGUCGAUGCCGACGCUCAGGAUGUCUCCCGGCGAGCUCGCACAGUCGUUCCACGUUGCAACUGGGCACAGCCAGGGAAUUUCCAUUGCUGCUGCAAUGUCCAUGGUCACAGACGAAGAGUCGUUCUACGAUGUGUCGCGGCGGGUGCUCGGAAUCCUGCUGCUGGCGGGCGCAAUGCCGCAGCUCUCGUACCCGUCGAUUGUGGUCAAUCCCGAGAUCGAGGCUGACUCAAUCGAGCAUGAAGGCGUGCCCUUUCCCAUGGCGUCGAUUCAGGGCCUCCCGCGCAGCCAGCUGCGGGACCUGGUGGACGCAUUUAACAGCAAGCAGCCGAGCCGCAAGAAAUGGGCGGCGCCAGGCGAGGACCAAUCGCGGGUGCCAUUCACACGCCGCAAGCCGCGCAUCAUUACGCCACGACCAAGCAGCACAUGUACGCGGUGGAAAAGGGCUUGGGUCCUGGAUGCCGCCGAUAUGCGUGUACCGGUGCGCGCCGGCGACGACGCACACGACAUCCGCGCUGAAGAGAACCUGACCAAGUACCUGUUUGAGAGCAUCUGCGUGCUGCCGGUCAACUGGCCGGUGGCCAUCACCAAUACGGGCUCCACGCAUAUUGUUGAUUUCGGGCCGGGCGGCGAAACGGGCUUUGCCUCGCUGACCUUCCGCAACGUCAAGGGCCGUGGCAUUGCGUCGCCCCUGGGCACCAAGGCCGACCUGUUCCGGGAAAACAUCGGCCAUGUCGUCGGCGCUGCCGACUGGGAACGCGACUUUUCGCCGCGCCUGGUACGCACCAUGCACGACAACAAGGUGCAUAUUGAUACGCGUAUGAGCCGCGUGCUGGGAUGCCCCACCAACAUGGUUCCUGGAAUGACGCCUGCAACAGCUGGCGCCGAGUUUGUCGCUGCCGUCGCCAAUGCCGGCUACCACGUCGAGCUGGCAGGCGGCGGCAUGCACAGUGAGCAGGAGAUGCGUGAGCGGAUUUCGCGGCUCACCAGUCUGAGCCCCGGCCAGUGGUUGUUCCAGUUCCCGCUGCUUCUGCGCAUGCGCCGUGAAGGCUAUCCGAUCUCCGGCCUGUGCAUUGGCGGCGGCGUCAUCCACGGGCUGCGCGAUGCGGGCAUCCGUCACGUGGCAUUCAAGCCCGGCAACCUGCAGACGAUUCGCGCAGUAAUCAGCAUUGCCCGAGCCAACCCCGACUUCCCCGUCAUUCUGCAGUGGACCGGCGGUCGCGCUGGCGGCCACCACUCGUACGAGGACUUCCACCAGCCGAUUCUCAACUCCUACAGCACCAUUCGUGCGCAGAGGAACAUCGUGCUGGUGGCCGGCUCUGGAUUUGGCGGCCAUCAGGACUCGGUUCCGUAUCUGACUGGCGAGUGGAGUCUGCAGGAGGGCUCAGCUGCUGAUGCCUGCAAGCAACUGAUGGCAGCGGCCACUGGUGUCGACGACGAGGAGUGGGCAAACACACUAUGGAAGGAGUUGGAUGCCACUGUGAUCAGAAGCCGGAUAUCAUUCAGAGGACUCAAUGCUGAUUACCUGCGACCCUGGUUUGGCAAAAAGUCUGAUGGCAGCGUUGCCGAUCUCGAGGAUAUGACGUAUAUGGAAGUCCUAGAGCGCCUGGCCGAGCUAAUGUACAUUAGACACCACAGCCGCUGGGUCCAUCCCCACUGGAAGUCUCUGUUUGCUGAGUUUGCCCAGCGCACUAUACAACGGCUUGGCACCGACAGAGACACAGAGCUGCCGUCACUUCUCCACCUCUCAGACCCGGCAAAGGCAGCUAGCGAGCUCAGGCUUGUCUGUCCACAGGCAGCCAACCACCUGCUUGCCUCAGAGGACAUCCAGUGCUUUGUCUCCAUGUGCAGGCAGCGCGGCCGUAAGCCUGUGCCGUUUAUCCCUGUGCUUGACGAUGACUUUGAAGUGUGGUUCAAGAAGGACGCGCUGUGGCAGGCCGAGGACAUCGACGCUGUCGUUGGCCAGGACGUCCAGCGCACAUUUAUACUCUAUGGUCCAGUCGCUGCGCGCUUCCCUGUCGUAGCCAACGAGCCUAUCAAGGAUCUGCUCGAUGGCAUAUACCAGGGCCAGAUCGCCGCGUUGCUCAACCAGUACUAUGAUGGCGACGAGUCGCGUAUCCCUCCACUACCAACAUCAGUUAGCGUAGCCACUGUGGAUACAGAUGUGGUGUACCGGCUGCCUGCAAACUCCUGGCUGAAUGCGAUUUUCUCCACAGCGGUCAUUGUGCAGGGCACCAAGUAUGUCGACAACUAUGUGCGGCGCAUCAUCACUGUUUCGUACUGCAACGAUGUCCCAGUUAGGGUCGAGAUCAUCAACAGCCAUGGUGACAGAGAACUCGUGCUAGGUAUUGACGACAGCCAGGUCAUUUCACUGCUGGUGUUUGCCUCGAAUGGAUUCGAGCAGAGCGAGCUCUGUCUUCGUUCUAUCGUUCAGAUGUGGAGUGCUGCAGGCGAUUCCUCGCUGUCCGACUUGACCUUUGCGCAGAAAGGACUCACUGUGACGCAGGAGCAUGUCUCGGAGUUCUGCCGUGUCAUUGACAACCACUCACAGCACUACAAGGAAGACCAUGGGUGCCAGCUAAUCGCGCCAAUGGAUUUUUUGUUUGUCCUUGCGUGGCCCAGCAUUCUGCGCAGCCUGACAUCCGACAACAUCCAUUGCGGGCUGCUCAAAAUUGUCCACCUCUCGAACAGCUUCAACUUCGUCGAUGGUUCCGACCAAAUUGCCGUCAGCGACACAGUUGAUGCUGAUGCCAAAGCCAUCGAAGUAGUCAAUACUGCGAUUGGUAAGCGGGUCACCGUAGAGGCAUCUAUUUACCGCAACUCUGCUCGUAUUGCCACUAUCAACAGCGUGUUCCUGUACCGUGGGGUCGAGAUUGACUUUGGGCUCACCUUCACCCGUCGUGACAAUAACGUCGUGCAAGUGAGAUUUGACACUAUGGACGAUAUCGCUGUUUUGGAGUCGAAGGAGUGGAUCUCGUGGCUAGAGUCCGACGGUCGCUGCCCCUUGUGCCCAGGCGACACGCUAGAGUUCUGCACCGAUUCGCUCUAUCAGUAUACCUGUGUGUCUAACAGGUCUCAGUCGAAGGCGCAUGUGGCUGAUAUCAUGUAUGAAAGCGGCGUGGCCCAUGGCGAUCCAGUUGCAAGCUAUCUAGACCGCUUGCAGCGCAAACUCGACGUGCGUGAGAAGCUGUUCCCCGACAACGGAUAUGCAAUUGUGCCCAAGAACCGUGACAAUGGCAUGUUUGUGCAGGCGCUCUCGUCAAACUGGGCGUACUCGUAUAUCUCGGGCGACUAUAACCCAAUCCACACGAAUCCGUACAUCUCCGAUCUAGUCGGUCUACCUGGAACCAUCACCCACGGCAUGUGGACCAGUGCAUCGACCCGCUCGCUUAUUGAGCGCUAUGUUGCUAACGACAAUCCAGAGCGAGUCAGGGCAUUCAAAGCACAGUUUGUCGGCAUGGUCUUGCCUGGGGAUAAGCUCGAAACCAAACUGCGACAUGUCGGCAUGAAGCACGGCCGCAUGCUGAUUGCAGGCGAGACAUUCAAUGCAGAUGGAAAGAAGGUGCUUAUCUGCACCGCAGAGGUCGACCAGGCACCAACUGCAUACGUUUUCACUGGGCAAGGGGGUGUCUGGGACCGUGCCGACAAGUACAUGCUUAAGCAAUACGGCGUGUCAUUGCUUGACAUCGUCCGCUCGAACCCAAAAGAGUACACUGUCCACUUUGGCGGAGCAAAGGGGGCUCAGAUCCGCCAGAACUACAUCGACCUGUUUAAGCGCGGUGCCAGCUCGAGCACAGCAUCAGCUCUACCCAGUAUCACAUCCAGGACCCGCCGCUAUACCCACCGGUCGCCCUAUGGGGCUGCUUCAUGCUACGCACUGGCAACAGUCGCCGAUCUUCGCUCUCGUGCACUCAUCCACGAGGAUGCUGUGUUUGCUGGCCAUUCUCUUGGCGAGUACAUCGCGCUUGCAGCAACCUCAAACGUGUUUACUAUCGAGGACACGGUUGAUAUUACCUUCUACCGCGGCAUGGUUAUGCAGUCAUCAGUCGAGCGCGACGAGUUUGGGACGUUUGGCGAAAAGGCCCUCAGUGCAUCGCAGCAAUACGUGGUGGCCGGACGGCUGACUAACCUUAACGUCCUGCAGCGCGUUCUGGACACACUCUUUGCCAUCUACUCUCGUGACAGCACGCCGGUGGAUUUGUCUGCUGUGAGCGAGCGUGGUCGGGCUACCAUUCCACUGGCAGGAAUUGACGUGCCAUUCCACUCGAGCCUGCUGCUUAAUGGCGUCGAGCCCUUCCGCCUGUGCGUCAAAAAGGCUGUCUUCGAGUCCAAGCUUGACUACCGCCGCCUGAUCAACCGAUACAUCCCCAACCUGACAUCGGUGCCGUUUGACUUGACCAGAGAGUACUUUGAGAUGGUCUACCAAAUCACAAACUCCAUGGCCAUCAACCACGAGCUGCAGGAAUGGGGAUCAGUUCAAUCGUCUGAGGAUGAGCGGGACCGUCUGGCUCGAGUCCUGCUGACUGAGCUGCUGGCGUACCAAUUCGCAUCGCCUGUGCGCUGGAUCGAGACACAGAAUCAAAUCCUCUGCAACUUCUCCAUCAGGCGCCUUAUCGAAAUUGGCCCAACAGCGACGCUAUGCGGUAUGGCACAGAAGACCUUGAGCUUGGUUGGUUCGGCCCAUCCGCAGUCGAUUGCCAUUCUGCAUUCUGAGAAGGAUGAGCAGGACAUCGGAUAUCUGUUUUCCGCAGAGGCGGACAUGGACUCCGCAUCUGACGACGCUGCUUCGCAGCCUGAGCCAACUGCUACUGCUGUAGCACCAUCGGCUGCUCCACCCACACCAGCUCUAUCCGAGACUCCAGCAACACCGGCUGAGGCAGUGCAAGACGCACCAAUUGAUCCUCGGGAUGUUGUGCAGGUUCUAGUCGCCCAGAAGCUAAAGCGGACAAUCAAAGACCUGACUGCUGGAAAAUCUACUCUUCAGAACGAGAUCGUUGGUGACUUGCAAAAAGAGCUAGGUAGCGGGGUGCCCGAAAAGCCUGAGGAUUUGUCGCUGCACGAUCUUGGCAACAGCAUAUCGUCCUUCUCAGGGACCCUGGGCAAGCACUCAUCUUCUCAGAUUGCUCGCCUGUUCAGCACCAAGAUGCCUGCACUUGCCAUGGAGCCAGCAUCCCGCGUUGACAAUGGGUCUGCGGCCACAAUCUGGCUUGACUCCAUUGCACAGCUGCAUGCUAAGAGGGCCGGCAUCUCACUAAGCACGGCCGUGGCCAAUGGGCAAGGAUCGCAUGGAUCAGGAGCGGUGGUCCCUGGUAUCAGCAGCGCUGAAUUUGAAAAGAUGCAAAAGGAGCAGCGUGCGCUUAUCAUCCACCAGAUACAAGCACUGGCACAUCAUGCCGGUAUCGACCUUCGUGAAGGUAGCAAGGCUCGAGACGCUGCAGUAUCUGCAUCAGAAAAAUAUCAGCAGCGUCUUGACGGAUUGGUUCAUGAGCUGGGGGAUGACUUUUUAGAUGGCGUCGCUGGCAUUUUCGAUGCACGCAAGGCCCGAGUGUUCGACUCGUCGUGGAAUUGGGCUCGGCAGGCACUGUAUGAGCACAUUCAUAGUAUCCUCACUGGUGCUGAAGGAGAGCAACCGCCAGAGCUCAGCCUAGCGCGCCAGCAUUAUCUGGUCAACUGUGCUAGUCGGCCACUGCUCGGCCAUAUCUCUGGAAUCUCCGCCGUUCUCCAGGGGUCUGAGGAUAGACGUGUCCAGUAUGUCAUUGAGCUAUGUGCUUCAUUGACAGAGGCAUGCGAACGUGCGCUGCACCAGGACCCAGUAUACAGAGAGUUCUCCUUCCCCACCUGCCCCCAGACACAUAUCGACGCCAAAGGAAGUGCCACUUACCGCGAGACACUACGGAGUACGGAACCAUCGUUUUCCGAGUAUAUCGAGCACAUGAAGGCAGAGGAAAAUGGCCAGUCGCCGAUGCUCCAUCUCAAGGCUGUGCAGUCUUUUGGUAGAUGGGAGUAUUGCCAGCAGCAAACUGCUGAGUACUUUGCCUGCCUGGAGGACAUCAACACGAGUGGGCUGUCAUUCAGCGGUAAGACUGCACUUGUUACUGGCUGUGGGAAGGGAUCAAUCGGUGCCCAGGUUUUACGCAGAAUGCUUGCCGGUGGAGCCCAGGUCGUUGCAACUACCUCGUCGUAUAGUCGCAGGACACUGCAAUUCUUUGAGGAUAUGUAUCGCGAAUGCGGUGCCAAGGGGUCGCAGCUUGUCGUCGUGCCAUUCAACCAGGGGUCGGUUGAUGAUGUCACCGCUCUUGUUGGGUACAUCUAUAGCAAAAAGGGGCUGGGCUGGGAUCUCGACUAUGUUGUUCCGUUUGCAGCAAUCUCAGAACUAGGCAGCGACAUCUCGCAGAUAACCUCGCGGUCAGAGCUGGCUCACCGGAUUAUGCUCACUAACCUGGUCCGUCUGCUUGGCGAAAUUAGGCAGACUAAGGCACUAUUGCAUCUGGAAACCCGACCGACACUUGCUGUGUUGCCGCUUUCACCAAACCAUGGUGUGUUUGGCGGCGACGGCCUCUAUGGUGAGAGCAAAAUCGCGCUAGAGACAUUGGCCAAUCGCUGGCACUCUGAGUCGUGGGCAGACUACCUGUCAAUUGCAGGGGCGGUAAUCGGGUGGACGCGAGGCACAGGGCUUAUGGACGGCAACAACCUGGUGGCAGAAAAGAUAGAGGCGCAUGGUGUACGAACAUUCUCGACUGUGGAGAUGGCGUUCAAUAUCCUGGGUUUAAUGCACGAUGGCAUCUGCGACUUGACACAGACCGCACCAGUCUGGGCGGAUCUCAACGGCGGGUUUGACCGCAUUGACGAUCUCAAAAGUGCGGUGACUAUGGCGCGUUCAGAGAUUACGUCCGUUGGCAACAAGCGGAAGAUGGUCAGCACCGACUCUGCAUUGGACUACUACACUAUUCAUGGACCUAGCACAGCCAGGUCGCCUAUCACAUUACCAGCUGGCGCAUUGGCCAACCAUCAAGUCAGAUUCCCAAAGGUCAGAACGACAACCCAGCUCGCACACCUCAAGUACAUGGAGGGGAUGAUCAAUUUAGACAAAGUUGUGGUUGUCACCGGAUUUGGCGAGGUUGGUCCAUAUGGCAGCUCUGCCUGCCGCUGGGAGAUGGAGGCGUACGGAGAAUUUUCGCUCGAGGGCUGCAUCGAGUUGGCAUGGGUCAUGGGCUAUACUAAGCACUUUAAUGGGCCCAUGAUGGCCACAGGCAAGCACUACACCGGAUGGGUCGACUGUGCUACGGGAGAGCCGGUCCGCAAUAUGGAUAUUAAGGCAAAAUACGAGAAGCGCAUUCUAGAGCAUACAGGAAUCCGCUUUAUUGAGCCCGAGCUGCACAACGGAUACGACCCCAACAGAAAGACCAUCAUGUGUGAGCUUCAGAUAGAGCACGAUAUGGAGCCAUUCGAGGCGAGCAGUGAGGCUGCUAGGCAGUUCAAGCUAAAGAAUGGAGACAGGGUCGACAUCUGGGAGAACGCAGAGGGAGCCUGGAUGGUGAAGUUCUUGAAGGGUGCUGUGAUAGUUGUCCCAAAGUCCAUGAGAUUCAACCGGCUGGUUGCUGCUCAGAUUCCGAGUGGCUGGGACCCGGUGCGCUAUGGAAUUCAAGAGGAUCUGGUCAGACAGAUCGACCCCAUCACCUGCUAUGCACUAGUUGCCACUGUGGAAGCCUUGCUGAGAGCUGGUGUCACUGAUCCGUAUGAGCUAUACCAAUACUUCCAUGUGUCAGAGGUUGGCAGUACAGUUGGCUCAGGGCUUGGUGGCUGUAAUUCGAUACAAAAUGUCUUCCACAACCGCUCGCUCGACAAGGACAUGAACAGCGACGUCCUUCAAGAGACAUUUAUUAACGUCGCUGCUGCCUGGGUCAACAUGCUUUUGCUAUCGUCUGCCGGACCAGUUAAGCCUGUCGUUGGUGCAUGUGCUACCUCUGUGCUGUCGAUUGAUGUGGCCGUUGAAACCAUCCAGUCGGGCAAGGCCAGGGUCAUGCUGGCUGGCGGCAUUGACGACUUUGCCGAGGAUCCGAGCUAUGAGUUUGCAAUGAUGGGCGCAACAUCGAAUGCAGUUGAUGAAAUAGCUAAUGGCCGUAGCCCUGGGGAGAUGUCACGCCCAUGCACUACGACCAGGAGCGGGUUUAUGGAAGGCGAGGGCGCAGGUAUAGCGCUGCUGAUGUCUGCAUCAGCAGCCAUUGAAGCUGGUGCCCCGAUAUAUGGAAUUAUUGCUAUGGCGGGCACAGCGACAGACAAGCAAGGCCGUUCGGUGCCAGCGCCAGGCAAGGGUGUGCUCGUUUCGGCUAGGGAGGGGCUGGCCACCUGCAGGUCAAGGCUCCUGGACAUGGGCUAUCGUCGCAGGCAACUUAAGCGCCGCAAGUUGGAGAUCGACAACUGGGUCGCUGAGGAGAUGGCCAUCGCAGAGGAAGAUGCAGACGCGAUUCAAGCCGAAGCAGAUGCUCAGCGCAAGGAAGCCAUGGACACUUGGGGAAAUAGCUUCUGGUGCCGUAACCCGCAGAUAUCUCCGCUGCGCGGCUCGCUAGCUGUGUGGGGACUGACUGUCGACGACAUUGGUGCUACUUCGUUCCACGGCACGUCAACCAAGGCCAAUGACAAGAACGAGUCGGCACUCAUCAACACGCAGCUGAAGCACCUUGGCCGUACCCCUGGACACGCAGUCCCUGCAGUAUGCCAAAAGUGGCUCACCGGCCACCCUAAGGGCGCGGCGGCAGCCUGGAUGCUGAAUGGGGCACUACAGAUUCUUGACACCGGCAUUAUCCCAGGCAACCGCAAUGCUGACAACAUCUCGUCCGAGCUUGAAGAGUAUGACUUAAUCUUCUACCCAAACAAGUCAAUCAAGACGUCUGGAGUCAAAGCCGUUCUACUCAAGUCAUUCGGCUUUGGGCAGGUCGGUGGGGAGGUCCUUGCUGUGCACCCUGACUACUUGCUUGCAGCGUUGCCUGACGCCGAACUAAGCGCAUACCAGGCCAAAGUCCAGCAGCGCGCCCAGCAGGCAACACGGUACUGGCAGGACGUGCUUGUGGGGAACCACAGCUUCGUCCAAGCCAAGGAUUCGCCGCCAUUUUCCGGAGGACAAGAACAGCGGGUUUACCUUGAUCCGCUCGCACGAACCAGCUACGAUCCGGCAUCGCGCAGAUGGAAAUUCUGA